UUGAAAAGUGGCUGCAAUGUUGCUAUUACCGACUACCGACUUCGAGACUUGGGUUGGAUCCUGCGUGUCGCCGCUUUUGUUGAAUUGUAUGACAUGGACGAGCAGGGCCUAAAAGCCGGUUUUAUGCACCCCGCUUGUUGUUACUGCCCAUUCACAGGGCUAUAAGUCAUCACGCUCAUUAGCUCAGCUCAGUUAGAUUAUCUUAAUCUCUUUUAAUAGCCUUUAUUCUCUAGCUAUAUCCUUCCUAUCGUGGCCUCCAAGCACCCCGCUCACCGAAAGUACCGACUUCCUAACGAGGAUAGUCCAUCCCUAUUGCGAUAGCCUAGAGUAUCGAAGAAUACAGUCGAGAACUAUGAUACUAUAGGGAUUCACUCUCUAUCAGUCAUGAAGAUCGUCCAGGUCCCGCCCUGGGCGAAAGGUUGUCCGCGGGAAGCCAUCCGAGUGGAGAACCGUCCGUAGCGGCGUUGCCAAACUCAACCAGCACUUUGAACAUUCGGCUACGAACUCUCACCUAUUAUAGAUAUGCCGCCACCAACGCUGAGCAGCAAGCUCACAUCAAUCAAAGGGGUACGCUUAGCGGGCUCGCCGUCGACCUGGGACAUCGACAUCCACUACCCACCAGAUUCCCCGCGCGGCAUCAUCCAUUCCAUCACCCCGCACGACGAUACAACCCUUGGGAAUGGCUCUGAUUCCGCUCCGCUGGCUCUACCAGCCUUGACACACCCUCAUAUUCAUUUGGACAAGGCGUUUGUUCACAGUGCCCGUCAAUACGCCCAUCUUCUCCCGUCUACCGGGUCUUUCCAGGAGGCAUUGUCGUUCACCACAGAGGCGAAACGACAAUUUACCGUGCCCGAUGUUCUUCAAAGAGGGGAGUGGCUGCUCGCCGAGUCCACCUCGGCCGGAGUCACGGCGAUGAGAGCGUUUGUAGAAGUCGACCACACGGUGAAAUUAGUCUGCUUGGAAGCAGCCAUAAGACUCCAAGAGGAAUGGAAAGACGCUUGUGAGAUACAGAUUGUCUGCUUUGCACAAGAUCCCAUAUUCUCGACCCAACACGGAGAGGAAAAUAUGGACCUGAUGCGAAAAGCGCUCGAGGAUUGCCCGCAGAUCGACGUGAUCGGAACGACCCCCUACGUGGAAUCAACUAUCGAAGCCGCCCAACAGAACAUCGACUGGGCCAUCGACCGUGCUCUACAUCUGAAUAAACAUCUCGAUUUCCAUCUCGACUAUAACCUUGAUUCGGGCAAGGAAGCUCUAGUAUGGUACGUGUUGCACAGCCUACAACAAAGAGGCUGGACCUCGUCCUCCACCACGAAACGCGUGAUGCUCGGGCAUUGUACUCGACACACGCUUUUCACCGAUGAUGAGUGGUGUCGGAUCUCCCACAUCAUUCACGACAACGAUCUUCCGGUCAGCUUUGUCGGGUUACCCACUAGCGACCUCUACAUGGCCGCCUCGCCCGAACUAAAGGUCCCGCACGACCGGCCCCGAGGUACUCUGCGAGUCCCCGAGAUGAUCCGCAAGCAUGACCUCGACGCUGUGAUGGCAGUUAACAAUGUAGGCAAUGCAUUUACGCCUUGGGGUCCGCCCGAUCCACUGUUUCUGGCUUGCCUAGGCGUGGGAGUCUAUCAAGCGGGGACGCAGGAUGAUGCGAGAUUACUAUACGAGUGCGUAUCUACUCGAGCCCGAGCGGCGAUUGGGCUUUCACCGUUACCUUCGCAUAUUGAUCUACAGGAAGGAGGUUGUUCUGAUCUUCUGCUGUUUCAUCAUCGAGAUCUUACCGGGUGUCGUGUGGCUCGUCCCCGUGGUACGGUCGCUGAGGUUGUAUGGGAUCCUCCUCCAACGGUGAAUCGAGACGUGGUGGUCGGUGGUCGACUCAAGCCCUCUGGAUUUUCGUGUUCGCAGAGUGAGUCGAUCUAUCACUUCUUAGAAGAGUAGGUUGACGUUGAGGUUAGUAUAUAGGGGUGGUGUGUGAAGGGACCAGUUCCCGACAGAGGCCAUGCAAUGCUGUUCUCUGGCAGUAUACAAGAACACGAUCUACUCAGAGGAUUGAUCAAGUGUUAAGACCACCGUUUACUAUCUUGAAGUUUGAAGUGUGAAUAGAUGAACGUUCAGCAAGCCUUGGCCCUAUUUAUAGUAGCGGUCACGUGUUCCUGACACCGCGGGGAGGAGAUCGGUCCUUUUCCGCCGUGGCUGGGCCGCUCCGGAAGAUCCACUGACUUUCAUGGAGCUCCAUGAGGGAUUUUAUGGGAACCUGAUUAUGUCGGGAGUGUCCUCAGAAAGUGGAUAACAGCAAAGGACUCGGUACGUCCAUAGUUUCCUAAUCGCGAACUAUCGUCCGAAGAUUCAGGGUUUCGUAUCAAUAUAGAGAUCUUACAGGAGUAAGGAGUCCCCCACUAUCCUUUCGGGCGGU